AUGUCGCAGCCUCCAGCUAAACGCAGACGCGUAGAGCUUACGUUAGAGGAUAAGAUAACGCUCAUUAUGGAAUCAACUGCUCAACCAAAACCAUCUCUGAAGGCACUCGGCGAGCGCUUCAAGAUCGGGAAGUCAACGGUCAGCGACAUCUUGAAGAAAAAGAACGUCUACCAGGAGCAGUGGGAGAAAAAUGCGUCUGGCUCCAAGUUCCGUUUCGACAACGAAUGCAAGUUCGACCGACUGAACGAGCUGACGUGGGAGUGGUUUAGCCGGAAGCGGGCCCAGAACUUCCCUUUGUCUGGACCUGUGAUCCAGGAGAAAGCAAGCAGCUUCACAAAGGAACUGGGGUACCACGACUUCAAGGGGUCCAGCGACUGGCUCACCUCCUGGAAGUCCCGCUACUCAGUGAAGGCGUUCAAGGUGUCCGGGGAGAGUGCUGGGGUGGACCAGCAGACAGUCAGUGACUUCAAGAGCCGGCUUCCAGACAUCAUACUGGGAUACAGCCUGGAGAACAUCUUCAACGCCGACGAGACCGACCUCUACUACAAGGCGUUACCUGACAAGACCCUGGCUGUGCGCGGAGACGGUGCAAAGGGAUUCAAAGUGCACAAGGAUAGAAUAACUGUCCUCUUCGCAUGCAGCGCCACGGGAGAGAAGCUGACACCGCUGGUCAUUGGCAAGGCAGCAAAUUCCCGCUGCUUGAAGAACGUGCGACGAGAGCGUCUUGGUGUAACUUACGUCAGUAAUAAGCGUGCGUGGAUGACGUCAGCUGUGUUCUCUGAUUUGCUCCGGGACACUCUCCUUAACAUUGCAGAAAAUAAGAUAUUAAAGGAGAAAUGUGCUUUGAAGCAGAGAGUGAUCUCGGACUUUUUCGUGAAAUCGUAA